AUGGUGGAGGUUGAGAUCUGGGUGAACAGUUUCGGCCCCCUCGACAAUUCCAACAUGGACUACCCGGUGAAUUUAUACCUGCGCGAGAGAUGGUUCGAUCCAAGGCUGAGCCUGCUUCGUCAGGGCGUUAACGAAACGUUCGUUAUCAACGGUGGAGACAUCGCCGGCCAGCUGUGGAAGCCCGAUCUCAUAUUUGUCAACGUAAAGGCAGCCCGGGUGCAAGAGAUCACCGUGCCCACCUGCCUCGUCCGGAUAUUCCCCGAUGGCCACAUCCUCUACAGCGUACGGCUGGACCUUCGACUGUCGUGCACAUUGGACUUCCAGCUUUACCCCUUCGACACGCAGAAAUGUCACAUCAUUAUGCGACCAUACGCGUACACAGAGAACGAGAUCACCCUGAUCUGGAAGGAGGACAACCCGGCGACACUCACGCACCCGCUCACUCUCUCCGAGUUCAUGCUCGUCGACAGCUACAACACCACAUUCAUCCAACAGCUGCCAACAGGGAACUUCACGGUUCUCCAGUACACGUUUGUACUACGACGUCUGCGUGGAUACCACCUCAUUUACGUGUACCUACCCAGCAGUCUGAUUGUUUGUGCAUCGUGGAUUUGCCUCUGGCUAAAGGUGGAGAUACCUCAAGCCCGAGUGGCCCUGGGAGCGGUGACGAUGCUGACGCUCGUGUCUCUGGCGAGCAGCGUUCGCACCACCAUACCGCGGGUGGCGUACGUGAAGGCCAUCGACGUGUGGUACGCCACCUGCAUCAUGUUCGUCUUCGCCUUGCUAAGCGUGGCCACCUGCACACACUACCUUGUACGGGUGCGCCUCAGGCCGCUCUGCGUGCGACGCGUGGACCAUUGGGUCGUCGACAUCUAUCAGAGGCUGAUUUAUGGACGCCGCACAGACCCGUUCCUGCUGACUAUGGACAAGGAUCACAAGCUGGAAUGGCAUCGCAAAGUCAAAAUGUCUCAAGCUUUUGAAAGGGUGGCCCGAUACAUGUUUCCCAUUAUGUUUGGGUUCUUCAACAUUGUCUACUGGUCUUUCUACGUUGAGAGGUCCUAUUAUCCCUGA